AUGUCGAUGCAGAGCCGCCAUCCUCAAUUGCACCACUGCGCGUUAUCGACAACCAGACACCAGAAGCCCAAAGAGAUCAGGUCGUCAGAAGAUCGAAGGAAGAGAGAAGAAAGGCCAGAACCUUACUAUGCGCCCAACACGGCGAUCAUAGGCCAGAUGUGUUACCUUCCCCCGAAUUUACCUUAUGUCAAAUACACCAGCUCGAAACGAGUCCUCAAGGAUGUGUUGGUGGAUAAGCCGUGCUCGGCAUUCCAGGACCUCGAUGGACUGCUGCGGCAGUUAAACAGAACCCUAGGGACAACAUACACCCUCGACGAGUUGGAAAUAUCAGAGAACGCGUGCGGUCUUCGCGAUAUCCUCCAGUAUUGUAUCGACAACUCAUAUGACUUUGGAACUGCAUAUGGUCUCUUGAGACCACGAUGGUAUCGCGACAAAUUUGCCAAUAUGGUGAAAUUAUUCAACAGCCUGGAGGCGAGCGACAAGGAGAUGAGGGCUUCUUCGAUUGACCGUGUUAAAGGUCAGAUUAUUGGUGUUCACCUCCCUCCUCGGAUGAAGGAUCCGUGGGCGAUAUCGCACAGCUGGAUGGAGACCGAGUUGCAGCAGAGUGUCUACACGCCCGUUAAUGGAUGGGAAUGGCCUGUGCCGAUUCCCCGGGAUACCACUCUUGCACGCAUCCGCAUUGAGCUUCUCAACCUGGGAGCUGAAUACGUAUGGUUGGAUGUGUUGUGUUUCCGCCAAAAGAAGGAGGGUGACCCAGAGAAGGAGGCUCUCCGGGUGGAGGAAUGGAGAUUAGAUGUACCAACAAUUGGAAACGUUUAUCACCAAGGCGCGGUCAUUGUGCAUUACUUCAGCGGGUUAGGAAGGCCUUUUCAAGUAGGCGACCUCGACAGCAACAGACAUUGGCUUAAUCGGGCCUGGACGCUGCAAGAAAUCAGCAUGAAUAGCGUCAAAGGUGGAAUCGCAUCCUAUUCAGAGGGCGUUGCCAAUCCCAAAGUGGACGAAAACGGAGAAUAUAUCGAUCCGGAUGUUGGUCGGUUCUACAUUGCCUAUAACAAGCUCUACGUUAUCGCACAAGAAGUGGAGAAUGUCUUUCCGGUACUCUCCGCAAUGCGUAGAUGUGCAGCAAUGAACGAGUUGGAUAAGAUAACAGGGCUGGCGUACCUCCUUCGAUGCAAGCCUCUGCCACAGUACGACGUCACCCUAACCCCGAAUCAAGCUUUCUCCAAGCUUCUUGAAGUGACCAAUGAGCGCUACCGUGGGGACCUCUUCUUCCGCUUUCCAUAUCCAGGGACAGAUGCAGAUAGUGGUAGGAAGUGGGCACCAUCAUGGGAUCAAGUCCUGGCGGCUUCCGAAUCAGGCCUUCCCGAAACAAAGGGCUUGUACCUGUUCGAACCUAUCAGGUUCGAACCAGAUUCCUGCUACUACCCUGUAGUAGUAGGUUUUCAAUAG